UAUUGGACCGUGCUUUGCCAUGAAGAGCCAUAAAUUGUCAUCUAUCACCUUGAACUUCAUUUUUUGUCACUUGGACUGCUUCUUAAAAGACAGUGUUUAUGACUGAUUUUUGUACUCACUUGCACUCCAAACAUUUAUAUACUAAUGUAUACUUUUCUUUGAAUAUGAAGAAGUUAUACUGGACAAUAUUGGAAAUCUGGGUUUUGAGCUUUGCAGUUGCAGGUGCUUCUGAUGUGGAGCAACGUCUGAUGGAACAUCUGCUUAGGAACUACAACCUGAAGGUGCGACCAGCUGAAACUGUGAACAGCCGGGUGCAGAUUCGAGUAGGGAUGACCCUGUCGCAGCUCGUUAGUCUGAAUGAAAAAAAUGAAGAAAUGACCACAAAUGUGUUUAUGAAUUUGGCCUGGACUGAUUAUCGUCUUUCAUGGGAGCCUUCUGAAUAUGAUAAUAUCCAGGUCCUCCGAAUACCUUCAACAAAAGUGUGGCGGCCGGAUAUUUACCUCAUCAAUAACAAUGAUGGCCAAUUUGAUGUGGCACUCUUUGUUAACGUACUUGUCUCCAGUGAUGGGACAGUAAACUGGCUUCCACCGGCCAUCUAUCGGAGCUCGUGCUCAAUUAAGGUGACAUACUUUCCUUUUGACUGGCAGAACUGCACUAUGGUUUUUCGCUCCUACACCUACGAUGCCUCAGAAGUGGAUCUUCAGCACGCCUUGGAUGAAAACAAACAGGAGAUAAGAGAGAUUAUCAUUGAUGAGAAUGCCUUUACUGAAAAUGGUGAGUGGCAAAUUCGUCACAAGCCUUCUCGAAAGAACAUUGGAGAAAAUCUGUAUGAGGACAUCACCUUCUACCUCAUCAUCGAGCGGAAGCCCCUCUUCUAUAUCAUUAACAUCAUAGCACCUUGCAUCCUCAUCAGUGUCCUUGCAAUCUUCGUUUUCUACCUUCCACCAGAUGCAGGAGAGAAGAUGACUUUGUCGAUAUCGGUUUUGCUGGCUCUCACUGUUUUUCUCUUGCUGUUGGCAAACAAAGUUCCUGAAACCUCCUUGGGCAUUCCUAUUAUUGUCAAUUACUUGAUGUUCACCAUGAUCCUCGUGACCUUCUCAGUCAUCCUAAGUGUGGUAGUGCUUAACUUACAUCAUCGCUCAUCUAAUACCCACUAUAUGCCUCUUUGGGUGCGCAAGGUUUUCAUUCAUAUCUUGCCCAAAUACCUGGGGAUGCAGCGUCCAAGACCAGAGGAGCCUUUGGAAGAAGAGGAGAAAGAGAAUGUGUUACCAAAAAAGGACAAUCUCCUUCGUUUUACUAAGUGCAACUCAGACAAGUAUUUUGUCCGCAAAUUUGACCAGGAUUUCAUCUUACCCAAGCUUAACAGGUAUGGGAAUUCCAUUGAGUUGCAGAAGUAUGUUGAUGGCCACCACUAUUGCUUAAUUCUCCCUCCCGACCUCAAGUCAGCCAUUGAUGCUGUGAUAUACAUGGGAGACCAGCUCAAGAAACAAGAGAGCCAUGAUACGCUGAAAGAAGACUGGCAUUAUAUAGCCAUGGUGGUUGACCGACUUUUCCUCUGGCUGUUUGUCAUUUUUACUUCAUUUGGCACCCUUGCUAUCUUUUUGGAUGCCAGCUUCAACCAAAGCCCAGACUCUCCUUUCGCAUGAGCACCCACCAAACUAACUGAAAGCCUUGUUGGAUAUCUUAAUGGUUGGAAAUGUGAGUCCAUACUGAACUCUUGUUACAUUUUAUGGGAGAUUGUAAGUCAUGUCCUGAAGAAGUCUGGUGUUGCAUGGCUGCCGUGGAAGGAGGAGCAUCUCAAUGACCAGACAAUUUGCCAAAGAGAGAAGCACAGUGCUUGACAAAGCUUGAAAAUGAUAGACAUUUUUGACAUUAGUGAAUAAAUCCAGCAGUUAGUUUUAAUAAUAAUGUGUA